ACAACAGCUUUUUUUUUACCUCCUCUUGCGGCGUGGGAGGCUGCAGAGCAUCGGGCCUUAUAAUCUAUUUAAGAUGAGGAGCGCUAUAAUCAUCAGUGACCUAUUAGAAAGGUGCAGGAGUGUGCGUAAUUGUAGUGUGUGUGUAGGUGCGUGCAUAUAUGCGUGUGUGUGUGUGUCGGCUUCAAACAGAUCCCCGUACUCCCCCACGUGGUUAUUUGCAAAACAACCAAUCCAAGCCCGGGGAAGCCUAAUCAAGCCCCGCUGCUCACCUGCUGCAGAAAAAAAAUCUAACUCAUUGACAGGAUUCACCGAAUGAGAAGAGCUCUGCCAUAAACUCCGAGUUUUUUGUAUUUAUAUAUAUAUAUAUAAAUAGAACAUGUGUUUUUCUAUAACAUAUCUGAGUUCGGACCUCGGUCCAUCCUGCGCGUAAAAGGCGCUCCAGCGCGCGCUGGAACCGUGCGCCUAUUGAAUAUGUCCCAGUGGGUUUGAUUCGGAGAGGAGCCAAUACAAGCGGAGGGGAGGCGUGUCUUAGCUCUUCCCCAAGACCUCCCAGAGCAGGUUGUUGCGUUUUGGCUCUAAAGCUUGGAGACCUCCGAAGUGCUCGUCAGUUUUCCAAGUUGGAGCCAUGGCGACAACAGCUCAGUAUAUUCCGAGGAAUAACUCCUUGCCGUCCAACCCGCUCAUGCAUCCGGAUUCGGACAGGAUGCACCAGGGGACGACUUACAGAGAAGUGCAGAAAAUGAUGCACCACGAGUACUUGCAGGGGCUCGCGGCGACUAACACGGGACACCCGAUGAGCCUGACGCACCACCAGUGGCUGCCCACCUCCAACACCGACUGGUCCAGCGGUACCCACAUCGGGCAGCAGGAGCACAAAGCCAGCGUGCAGGCGAGCAGGGAGGACCUGAGCAGCGGCUUCCACCACAGAUCUCACCUGGUGCACCAGCAGACGCAGAGCGCGCACCAUGGCUCCUGGGCGCCCUCCACGACGCACCACCUCUCCCCGCUGUCCCCCGCAUCCAACGGUCACCAGUCGCUGGUGUACUCCCAGCCUGGAUACACAAACCUCAACGCGAUGCUGAGUCCCCAGCCCGGCGCCCUCCACCACGGCAUGCGGGACCCGCUGCACGACGACACGGGCAGCCACGACAACCAGAUGGAGUCGCCGCAGCAGGCGUUCAGCCACCACCAGGACCACUCGGACGAGGACGCGCCCAGCUCCGACGACCUGGAGCAGUUCGCGAAGCAGUUCAAGCAGCGGCGGAUCAAACUGGGCUUUACGCAGGCGGACGUGGGCUUGGCCUUAGGCACCCUGUAUGGAAACGUCUUUUCUCAGACCACAAUCUGCAGGUUUGAGGCGCUGCAGCUCAGCUUCAAGAACAUGUGCAAACUUAAGCCGCUCCUUAACAAGUGGCUGGAGGAGACAGACUCGAACACGGGCAGCCCCACCAAUUUGGACAAGAUUGCUGCGCAGGGCAGGAAACGAAAGAAGAGGACCUCCAUUGAGGUGGGGGUGAAAGGGGCGCUGGAAAACCAUUUCUUAAAAUGCCCAAAGCCAUCUGCUCAUGAAAUCAGCACUUUAGCCGGCACUCUGCAGCUGGAAAAAGAGGUAGUCCGCGUUUGGUUUUGCAACAGAAGACAAAAAGAGAAAAGAAUGACACCAGUGGGGGUCCCUCAUCCGAACAUGGAGGACGUAUAUUCCCAAGCAGAGACCCCUCCUCUACACCGCUCACUACAGAGUCCGGUGCAGUGACUGUUUUCAUGAACAAUCCUUAUUAUUUCUGCGGGGUGGGGUAGAAAAGGGGAACUGUGGAGUUUACAGUAUUUGAGUUUUGCUUCAGUUGUCCUGAGAGAAAAGAGUCGUGGGAAAGUUUAACGAAUCAGUUUUGCCUUUUAGUCUUUGGAUAUCGUUAUGUCCCACACAUAGAUGACAGAAAGAAACAGGUUAAAAUACAAAAAAUAAAAAAAAUAAAAAUUAAAAAAAAGAAUUCUGUGCGCAUUUGAAGUGAAGCAAAGAUCUUUAUAUGCCAAAAGUAUAUGGAUGAGCCGAGCAUUGAGAAUUCCAAAUGUGGGACAGUUUUCUGAAAAGUGGCACCUGAGCCCAGGUCCUGCUGAUGUACCAUGAACUGUUGGCGCUCACCAGAAAGAGGUGACAGCCUUAAAACACACUGGAGAUAAAUACAAAAAAUAAAAAAAACAUUUGUUUUUGGCUUAAACUGAUUAACCAGAUUUCUGAAAAUGAGUGUAUACUUUCUUUGUUCUAUAAUUGUUGUCGUUUUGAUUUUGGAAAUCCUUUAACUUCAGUGCGUCUUUCCGCCAAGUGUCUUUGAUUUGGUUUAAUCCUCCGCAGGUACUGUAACUCAUCAGAGCAGCCUCUCAUUUUUAAUUUUUUUAUGUUUACGCAAAGAUUGGACGGUAAGGAAGUGAUCAAAACAUGUCCCGUUGCAGCAGGGCGUGAGAGUUUUGGCUGCAUGCCUUAAAAAUAUUCCUGGCGUUGCAGCUGAUUAUGACGAAAUUUGCAGAAGAGCAAUUCUGAACAUGCAUUUUUUUCUUUGAUGGGCUUUGAUUGUUGUCAGUUUGUUUCUUUGCAUGGAGCACUUAUAUUUUUGAUUUUUUUUAAUUAUUGCUAUUAUUAUUACAGUUUUUGUUAGUAAAAUUGUGAGUGGAGCUGAUUAGGUUUGGACACAAACGCGCAAAAUGUUUCCAUGCAGGCGGUCAGCUCACUGUUACCUGCCUGUUAAUCCUAACAUUUCAAGAAAGAUUGGUCUAAUGAAAAACAAUAAUUACUCAGGUAACUAUGUGCCCCGUGUCGGCAUGUUACGCCUGUACACGAUUUGCGUAAUUCUGUGCUUUUUCUUUCUUUUUUUUUCAUCAACAAAUCCACGGUUUCCUUUGUUACAUGGAUUCACUGUAUUAUAUCAAACCGCUGGAGUCACAAAAACAAUAGUUGGUCGAGGGUGAUGGAUGAAGGGAUUUGCUUUAGAAAUAUUUAUUAUUAUUAUUAUUAUUAUUAUGGUUAUUUUUUAUGUUUCAAUCUGUAGGGGAAAUCUGAAAAUCUCGUGUCAUUUCUCAGUGUUGGACCAGUAUAAAAGCCUACAACAGUGCUAUUCAAAACAUGAGGGAAACUUUUCCAAUAAAAAUAAUAAUAAUUUAAAAAAAUACUAAAAAAAAGAUUUUAGAGAAAAAUGUUGCCAGGAUUAUUUCCAGUCUGUAAAUAUGUCUAAUAUGUACACUUGUAUUUGUUCUGAGAUAUUGUUUUGUUUUUGUUUCUUUUCGGGCAGUUUUGUACACUUACUAAUUCCAAGAAGAUAUUUUAAUAUGAUUUCGUUUAUGAAUCUGACCAUUUAUAAAUAUAUAUAUAUAUUUAUUUCCUAAAAGUGUUUGGAGCUUUUUGUUUAGCUCUGUCAAUGGUUAUGUUGCAGUGGAUUUCAUGUUUUUUCUUUCCUUUUUUGUUUACUACAUUGUUUGUAUGUUGAUUGCUAAAUGUAGACUGCAAAGUCACAUUUAUAUUUAUGUUAUAGUAAUAUUUUAUUACUUACAUAAAACAUAUAUACAAGAA